AUGACAAAAGGAAAUGGCACUGAAUUGACUGAAUUCUUUCUUCUGGGAUUUGGUGCCCAACAUGAGUUUUGGUAUGUCCUCUUCAUUGUAUUUCUUCUGAUCUAUGUCACCUCCAUGGUGAGUAAUAUUGGAAUGAUCCUACUCAUCAAGACAGAUUCCAGACUUCAAACACCCAUGUACUUUUUUCUUCAACAUUUGGCUUUUGUUGAUAUCUGUUACACCUCUGCUAUCACACCCAAGAUGCUCCAAGACUUCACAAAAGAAAACAAGUCAAUAUCACUCAGGGGAUGUGCACUGCAGUUAUUCGUUUAUGCAACAUUUGCAACCAGUGACUGUUACCUCCUGGCUGCUAUGGCAGUGGACCGUUAUGUAGCCAUCUGUAAGCCACUUCGCUAUCCCAUAAUCAUGUCCCGAACGGUCUGCAUCCAACUAGUAGCCGGAUCAUAUGCCAUGGGCUCAUUAAAUGCCUCUGUACACACAUCUUUUACAUUUUCACUGUCCUUCUGCAGGUCUACAAGCAUUGAUCACUUUUUCUGUGAUGUUCCCCCAAUUCUCGCCCUUUCCUGCUCCAACACUGACAUCAACAUCAUGGUGCUUGUCAUCUUUGUGGGAUUUAACUUGGUGUUCACCGUGUUGGUUGUCAUAUUUUCCUACAUAUACAUCAUGGCUGCCAUCCUGAGGAUGUCUUCUACUGCAGGGAGGAGAAAGGCCUUCUCCACGUGUGCCUCCCACCUGACGGCCGUCACCAUUUUCUAUGGAACCCUCUCUUACAUGUACUUACAGCCUCAUUCUGAUCAUCCCCAGGAGAAUAUGAAAGUGGCCUCUAUAUUUUAUGCCAUUGUGAUUCCCAUGUUGAACCCUCUGAUUUAUAGUUUGAGAAAUCAGGAGGUGAAAGAAGCUUUAAAAGUGGUAAGAAAAGCGUUCUUUUAG